AUGAGUAAUAAUCAAUCCGACGUUAAAAUGUUAAAUUCAACAACUACAAAUGGUGAUCAAUUAUCUCAAAAUAAAGAAAUAAUUGAUGGAAAAUGGUUUGGAUUUAGUUCAAUACAAGGACAUCGUCCAUCAAUGGAAGAUUUUCAUCAACAUUUAACACAUUUAGCUGAUCAUCAUCUAUGGAAAAAAUAUUCUUAUUUUUCUAUAUUUGAUGGUCAUUCAGGUUCUGGUACAGCACAUUAUGGAUCUAAUAAUCUUCAUAUUUAUCUUGUACAUGAAUUAAAUCGAUUAAUUAAUCAUAAAGAAAAUCAAUCUGAUAAUAACAAAAUUCGCCGACGAAAAUUUCGUCAUGCAAUAAAAAAAGCUUUUAUUAAACUCGAUAAACAAUUGAGAAAAAUUGAUUAUGAUAAAAGUGGUUCUGUUUGUAUUGCUUGUCUAAUCGGUCCAAAACAAAUUUAUUUAAUAAAUGUUGGUGAUGCUCGAGCUAUUAUUAUUUCAGAUAAUGGAGAAGUAUUAGCAUCUACUCAUGAUCAUAAACCGGAUGAUCCAAAAGAAGAAGAACGUAUUCAUGAAGCUGGAGGUCACAUAACACAAAAAUCAUCAAAAGAUAUUUCACGUGUUGAACGACGUCUUGCAAUGACAAGAGUUUUAGGAGAUUUUACUAUAGAUAAAAAUGUAGUACCACCUAUUCCUGAUAUAACUAUUUAUCCUCGAAAAUCAUCCACAGGAUUUAUUAUUCUUGCAUCUGAUGGUAUUUGGAAUGUUAUGUCAAAUGAACAAGUUGCUUCAUUUGUAGUUCAACGAAUAUCAACAACAAUAAAAUUAGAUAAAAUUGCAUCACAAUUGUUAGAUCAUUUUUUAGAAAAACAAAGUCGUGAUAAUAUGAGUGUAUAUAUUAUCAAAAUUUGA